CGAACAGCUUGAUUUACAGGUCGCGAUGCCUUCAAGCAAGUCCUCAUCCAAAUCUACCUCAAAUCACCCGGGGUCAGAUCAUUCGAACUCCAAGCCAAGCAAGCACCAGGUGGAUAAAAACUCACAUCGACACCGUCGACAUUCUCAUGGAGAGCAUGUGCCAAAUACCCAUCCCGACGAUAAUCUGGAGCUCCCCGAGCACACCAACUCUACCGCUCAGCAUUCUCAGAAAUCUAAAUCAAAAGAUGAUCAUGGACAAGAGCUUUAUCGUCUAGAUGAAGGAUCUCAAAUUUGGCGAACAUAUGAUGGCAGCGUAAUUUAUUGGGAAGUCCACAAGCUAACCUAUCAAGAGUUGUCAGAGGCCAUUUGGAAUUGGGCGGAACGUGGACUGGAGCCGACACAAAAGCUUUAUAUGGCAAGCUUGCGUCCUCCUCAUGGUGGCCAUCGAUCAGGAUUGUUGGACUUCUUUUGCUCCCAUCGUCAGAAACUCGUCCGUGAUCAUAUUCAGAGAAUUUACAGCGAUCUGUAUCUGAUUUUGCGCACUUGGACUGAGCUUAAGCACUACCUCCAGCAACUAAACGAGAAGAGCUCUCCCCAAGAAAGGAGUCAAACCCUCAAAAAGAUCGAGAACAGACUUACAUUCCAUCUGAUGGUUGCCCUGAGGGAGUAUUGUGGAUUGCCUCUUGACCCGAAACAUCCAGACAAGCCCAGUUGGCCUGCAACAGGAGAUAAAGACCUUCCUACGACUCGUCUUGAGCCAGGAGCUCUGGCGUCUGCUUCCAACUCGGUAUCUGCAUCCAGCAUCAAGAGUGAGAAAAGCAGUCCACGAACACAUGAUUUCGAUACCAAAGCAAUCUGUUGUCACUGUCAUCAGAUAUUGGACCACAGAGAAACAGAAGAAACAUUAAAACAAGAUACCAAGUUAUCCAUACCCCCGUCCGGAUCCACAUCCAAGCAAGAAUCUUCUAGAUCACGUUCCCAAACUUCAAGAUCGUCAAGUCGUAAGGCGGAUAACCACUCCAAGAGUCGGAAAGUGAAUGAACAUAGAAGUAAAUCAAGAAGCCGAAAAGACAGGGAAAACAAGCCCGAAGACAAAGAUUCCAAAGGAAAGGAUACACCACACUCUUCCCAUGACUUGGCGAACAAAAAUUCGAAAUCCACUCGCAGUCGACAUUCUGAGGAGAAGAGCAAUGAUGACUCGGAAGAUUCAAGUUUGAUUUCUUUUGAUUCCACUCAGUUCUCAAACGCCUUUGGAAUGAUAUUCCAUCAUCGUUGAAUUUAUUCAGAAGCAUUGUCGAUUCUAUUUCGUUUCAUUUGUGACGGUUUACUUUGUUUUUCAAAAAAAGCUCAAUUUGCACUUGAGCACACUUGGGAUCAUGUUUAAAGCUCUAGGGUUUUAGUAUUGAAA